AUACCCAUCUCUUCUACUUUUUGCGUGUUUUGACUUUGAAUAUACACUCCUUAUUUCUUAUCACCUCAUAUAUAAACCUAACUCUCUCUUCUCCAAAUUAUUAUCAACAAAUUAUCUAUUUCUCUCAUUACAUCCUUUCAUUAGGGUUUUACUUCAAAUAACUUAAAUUUUUUUAACUUCAAAUGGAAGAUAUUGAUGUUCCUUCUUUUUUUCUGUGCCCUAUUUCUCUUCAAAUCAUGAAAGAUCCGGUCACUGUACCAACCGGAAUAACUUACGACCGCGAAAGCAUCGAAAAAUGGCUGUUUUCGGGCAAGAAGAAUACGUGUCCGGUUACGAAACAAACUAUCUCAGGUUGUGAGUUGACUCCCAACUUAACUCUAAUGAGAUUGAUUCAAUCUUGGUGUACUCUCAAUGCUUCGUAUGGAAUCGAACGGAUCCCGACUCCGAAACCUCCGAUCAGUAAGCUGCAGAUUGUCAAGCUUAUUAGAGAUGCUAAGUCGCCUCAGCAACAGGUUAAGUGUUUGAAGAAAUUGCGUUCGUUGGCUAAUGUGAGCGAUGCGAAUAAAAGAAGCAUGGAAACAUCAGGUGUUGUAGAGUUCUUGGCUUCGAUCGUUAACAAUUUCGAUUCGUUUUCGUAUGAGGAAUUGUCUAAUGACGGGUUUGGGCUCGAUGUUGUUAGACCGAGCGACGAGGCGUUGAGUUUUCUUUAUAAUCUUCAAUUAUCGGAAUCCGGUCUCAAGAUUCUUGUCGGAAAGAAUGGCGAAAUUUAUCAAUCUUUAACGAGAGUUAUGCGUAACGGAAACUACGAGUCUCGAGCUUAUGCAAUUCUUUUAUUGAACUCGGUUCUUGAGAUUGCUGAUCCGAUUCACCUUAUCAAUUUAAGAUCCGAACUCUUUGUCGAGGUAGUUCAAGUUCUAGCCGAUCAAAUCUCUCAUCAAGCCUCGAAAGCCGCAUUACAAUUACUUGUGAAUCUUUGUCCAUGGGGAAGAAAUAGAAUCAAGGCCACCGCGGCCAAUGCAGUCUCAAAUUUAAUCGAUCUUCUUCUCGAUUCGUCCGAGAGAAGAACAUGCGAAAUGGCGUUAACCGUUCUUGAUUUGCUUUGCCAAUGUGCGGAAGGACGCGCGGAAUUGUUGAAGCACGGAGCAGGACUAGCCGUUGUAUCCAAGAAAAUAUUAAGAAUUUCGCAAUUUGCAAGUGAGAAAGCGGUGAGGAUUCUGUUAUCGAUUUCGAAAUACUCCGCGACGUCGAAUGUGGUUCAAGAAAUGUUGCAGAUUGGUGCUGUGGCUAAGUUAUGUUUGGUGCUUCAAGUGGAUUGUGGUAGCAAGAACAAAGAAAAAGCAAGAGAAGUACUUAAAUUGCAUGCUAGGGUUUGGAAAAAUUCUCCUUGCAUACCUACAAAUCUUUUAUCUUUUUAUCCAUCUUAAUUAAAAAUGCAAGUAGCUAUAGCUAGUCAUAGUUUCAAUCUUCUUCUCAAUUGUAAUUUAACAAUUUUUGUGUACAAAAUUCAUACAGAAAAUAGACAAAAAAUUGUGUCUAUUAGUACAAUUUGAAAAUCUAUUGUUUGUUUCUAUUUGGAGGAAAUCAAUGAUUAAUAACAAAUUCAGAUCUUUAUAAGUCACUUCACUAA